CAGUGCGCACCAGUCCCCGACACCGCAACGCAUCAGCGAAAACAUUAAUACAUCUUCCACUUUAUAAGUAACUUGAAACGGUCGACCAAAAUUAUACAGACUAACUAGGGCCUGGAGAACAGUCUUAACUUGAAAACAGUCAACCAAAAUUAAGGGACCAGAGACUCAAAAAACAAAAACUGGAGGAGGAUGCUUCAUUCUGCUUGAUUCUGUUAUCUUUCAAGGAUGACAAAAAUUACCAACUAGGGACUUGAAGACUGAGAAGUUCUACAAAAGCUGAAGGGAUUAUUUUUUUAACGGCAAUCUCCCAAGGCUGCUGUGAGAUUAAUUGGCUUGGUUAGACAACCUAGGAAGCCGUUAGAGCAUGAAGUGUGCGAUAUGCAUUCAGGCAGUGGUGCAGAGAAGCUGUCAGUGAACAGAAUUCUGAGAGGACAAAAACAUUACAGAUUUUGAAGCGGAGAUUUGUUUUGUACAUCACCGUAACCAACUAUUCUUUGGAUUAAGGGGGAGAGAGAGUUGGCUGGUUCUAGAUUCGGAUGAAGAAAGUUAGUUUUCCCACCCAACUGAGAUGCAGAUCUGAAGAAUUUCAGACAGAAACAGUGAUUGGGUCACAGAGCAAUAAUGUUCAUCCUGUAAAGUUGCCAAUCUCAUCCAAGAUCCCAUAUCCACUGACCUAGAAAUACUAGAAGGCUUAGACUAUCAACAGAAAGCCAGAUAGGUGAUUCCAAGAAACUUUUAGGUGAGUUAACAAUCACAAGGAGCUGUAAGUUGAUUGGACCUGGGCAUAUUCAAUAUACGACCUACAACCUUCGACCUUCUACGGCACCGCUCCUCGGCAGUCACCUUUGAUCAACGGUGCAAGUACGCUUGGCUAAUAUUGAUGCCAGGGGAAAUUGCAUACGACUGAAUGCACGGAUAUUUAGUAUGGGUGACCGCGCCUGCUGCAUCCACAGCGCUGCAUGAAUAAGACACAUUGUUCCUUCGUACUGAGCCGUGGGUAGGGCCACUCGCAGUGCAGAGAAGAUGGCAGAUAACGCCGCUGUAGUGGCGUCGAGGAUAAAGGAUGAGACGGAUGAUUCUGCUUAUGGGGAGAGGCCGAGUUCAGAGAAAAAUUCAUCUAGUGUGACAGAUCAUAAUGGCGGAGUGGAGCAGUGCGAUAGUACUUCUAGUUCGCUGAGCACGCAUUCAAAAUCUGCGUCAGCGGAGGUUAAGGGAUUAGAUGCAGCGCAGAUGGCGGAGCAGUCAAACAUUCCGCCAUCAAAGGCUGGAGCGGCUGCGAGUUUUCUCUACGGUAUGAUGCCGUACCACGCUAACCAGUCAGCAACGAAUAUGAUCAACCCGAUGUUGGUGAUUCCCCAGCCGUACAUGCUGUCAGGAAGAAUGCCUUUUCCUGAAAUGCGCGAAGACGUAUCGAAAGCAUUGGACCUGUCACGAAACUCACGCCCAACAAGUAGGGAAAGCAGCGAAGCCACCAUGGAGAUCCCUUACCCUGCGGAAGAGCGAAGGAAGUGGCAGCAAAUGCGCGAUCGCAGCUCUUCCAGCGAGAUGCAGGACAACGCGGUGCUCAUAGAGUCAGAUGAUGACAUGAGUCAGGAUGACCCAUUACGGAAAAGAUCUCGUCAUUCAGGUGGGAAAAAUAUAAAUCAAUAUGGUCGAAUCUUCACCAAUGGCCGCCCCUUGCCUGACCAUCUUCGUGUCCAGAUACUGCAGCUGGCGCUGCAAGGCACGCGACCGUGUGAGAUUAGUCGCCAACUGCAGGUCUCUCAUGGAUGUGUCAGCAAGAUUCUUAACAGGUUUCGCAGAACAGGCAGCAUCAAUCCAGGUCAAAUUGGGGGCAGUAAGCCAAAGGUCACGACCCCAGACGUAGUGAACAAGGUCAAGGACUACAAGAUGGAAAACCCGCAGAUGUUCGCCUGGGAGAUACGACAGAGGCUUUUGGGUGAAGGCAUCUGCAAUGAGAAGUCUGUCCCCAGCAUAAGCUCAAUCAAUAGGAUCAUCCGAGACAAAUCUCUAGUCCAGAAGAAAUACAAUGCAGCAUUACUACAUGGCUCAUUAAAUGGAGGAAGCCCCGGUGCUAGCACAGCAGAUGACACACAGCGCUCUUUUUCACCUGAUGACUUGGAUGAAUCAAUCAAUUUGGAUGAUGAAGAGCUGGCUAAGGAAUUAGAAGCGCAACGAGCAUUUUUAGAAUAUCAGAAAUUCUGGCUGCACCAGCAAGCUUCCAUCAAUGGAUACGCACAGGAAAUGAUGAAAAAUUACGAGAAGUUUCGACCACAAGGGCAGACAGAAAAUACCGGUGUAAAGGUUGAAAAGGAAUCUGCCCAAUCAGGUUCAAAAAGACCAGAUGCUGCACCUCCAAACAGCAAAGAAGCUGGACCAGCAGUUCCAUUUUCUGCAGGGAUGCAUCCUGCUUUUCUGAGACAAAUGGGAAUGGCUGGCCUCUAUGACCCAUCCAUAUUGGAAAUGCACAUGCGUGCACAGCAGCAAGCAAUGCGAGCUGAAAACCCAGAAGACUUGGCCAGAAUGUCAUCCCAGGUGUUAAACAUCCCCCAGUUGACUGGACCACAAAAAGAUAAAAAUCCUCCUGGUACUUCUCAGAUUUUACCCAAAGUGUCACCAGCUCCGUUGGUGACCUCCACUGGACCCCCCAAUCCUCUUCCCCCGUAUCCUACAGCAGAUUUACUCACUCAGCGACGGCAGGAAAUCAAUGGGCUGAAACCCAAGGUUGAUGCUAAUGAUGAGGGCAGUGACUUCACAUCCAAUACACGUAAACGUAAAGGCACACCCUUUAAGGUGGCCACCACACCUCCAGAUGGUGCUGAUGUCCAAGACAGGCUGUCAGACCGCGAUAAAGAUGGCAGUCAUCAUGCUUCACUGAUGUCAACCACUCAUUCUGAGAUCAAGAAAAAGCCAAGGAGAAUGUUGCCUGAUUAUUUAACAUCAAAGCCAAGGCCUGAUAUCUCCAGCAUUGCAGCAGGACCAACAACGAAUGGCCAGCAGAAGGAACCCAACAUCCCAAAGGAUCAAAAUGCUUCUAGUCCUACGAAAGAAAAAAACAUAACAGUUAUUGCUCAACAAGGAUUUCCACACGGGAAUGUUGCCUCUGGAUUUCAGCGAAGCCAACAAGAACAUGCUCUUCUGAACUCAUUGACCUCUGCAGACAUUCCAUAUCUUGGAGGUGCAAAUACAGCAUCGCUGAGUAAAAUGUUGCCCCACAAUAACAUUGGUGGUUUGCCGAAUGUGUCUGCUGCCCCUGGUCUUACUCAGACCAGUAGUUCACUGGGGGCAGCACAGAUUUUGAUUCUCAAUGGAGAAGGGCAUGAAAUCAUCCCUGUAGGAAGUGGCCACUGGAUUGUCAAAGAUGAAGUAAAAUUAAUACGUUGUGCACGCUCCUUGUCAGACAGUCUUAAUGUUGUGCAUUCAAGUAGGGCACUUAUGCAGCAGGCCGCCGCAGCUGCUGCAGCUUCAGCCCAACUCAGCCAUUUUUCUUCACUUAUGGAUUCCAAAAAGGUUGCUGACAGCAAUACAAGUGAGUCGGUAUUGAGUCAGGUGCUAGCCAAAAGUGCCCCUGUCACUCCUGCUUUGGGUUCCCCAACCAGAAGCCAAAAAGUUGCAGCUAUCUCUACUACACUGUCAGAACAGGGAGGCUCCCCAGACUGUCAAAAAGAACAAAAUUCUCAUGAUGACACUACCCUGCAAUCUCAUAAAGACAGUAGUAAUACAGCAGGUAAUUGCGCAGUUGGAGAGAAACAAGAAUGCCCACAACACCUUCAAGACAAAUCGAGCAUUGAGGGUAUAUCAAAAGUCAAUCAGAACUGCCUACCAAGCAAAAGCAGCCAUGAGUCACAUGUGGAGGAUUUUGAAGCCGGACGCCAAGGACCCAAGUCACCAGAGGGCACCACUGAAAAUGAGAACAGGCACCUAAGUCCACACCUUUCACCAGACCGACCAAAUUCUUCAACGCAGAAUUUCCCAGAAUCCCCAGGACCCAUGGGCCACGGCCUGGCCCACUAUCUGUCCCAGUUGGCGAUGUCGGGCCAAAUCCCGUUCGACAUUUUGCAGAACCUUACACAGCUGGCAAAACUCAGUGCAACAAACAAUGCCAACCAAGCUAUUGUGACAUCGCAAGGGUCUGAAGUUGCAGGAGGGAGCAAUAGUUUCAGAAGCAAUAAAGUUGGAGGGGGUGUGAUCACAGAAACUGUUGAGAGCCUCGACUGACAAAUUUACUGCAACGAGUACGAAAAAAUGUCUUAACAUAAUUACUGCAAUUAGUUGAAAAAUCAUAAAAGAUGCAUAUGAUUUUGAUUACUAAGUGAACAGCAGGUAAAUUAUUUCAAAAUAGAAAAUACAUGGAUGUACAUGUAAAAAGCAUAGAUGUUUUUUAAAUUCAAAAAUAUAAUGUUCACCCGGGUAAAUACUUGCCAGCCAUAUUACUUGAGAUACUGAAAUCUCUUGUAGAACAUAAAUGGGUAGAUAAAUGGUGCUCACUAGAAACUCUAACAGUUGGAUGGAGUAGCUCAUCAGAAAAUGGAUAUUUAAUUAGUACGUUUUACACUAAAUAAAAUAGAAUAUGGUAGACCAGCAGGUGAUUCUAGUAAGAUACAGGAUGUGUACAGAAAGGCCAAUAACUGCCCAUUAAUGUAAGUGAAAAAGAAGGUCAUGAAAAGUGACUGAAAGUCAGUAAAAUGGGGUCAAGGCCAAUAGGAGAUAGAAGAAAAUAAGCAGAUCAUUGCGACCAAUAAACUUUAAUCAAGGGAAAUCCUAUCUCUGUGAAAAUUUACCAGUUUGGUGAAGAUGACAUCUUCACAGAAUGCCCUUCAGUACAUAUCAAACUUUGUUUUGGGGCAAUGAGAUCAUGACUAUAUGUUGAGUUCUAUGUAGUGUGAGGCACAGUUCAGCAUCAUAUCAUGUGCUCAUAUCACCAAGUCCAUUUAAUAUAUGAAGUCAGAAUUAAACAUGGACAAGUAAUAAUAUCUAGGAAGGCAGCAAAUUUUGCAAUGGUAAUUUGUAGAUUUAGAUCUAGUUUAACAAACUCUAUAUUUAAAAUGUUUUGCGUUUUUAAGAAAUAUCAAUGACACAUGAUCUUUGAUUUGCUGUAUUAAUGAAAUGAUAUUUGUUAGAAAUUUAUAAAAUCAUGCAUACCUGGGGAUAAGUAUUUUUUGAAAUAGUCAUUUUUUGCCAUGGGACACACACUGAAGAUAAUAUUCAAUACCCAAUGACAAUGGGUCCAGCCUUGGUUAAGUUCCUACAAUAUUUUAUAGCGUUCUGUAAAAUUGCAGCAUCAGCAGCAUUAUUGUUGUAUAUAAUCAUAAAUUAGAUAUUUGGUUCUGUAUGUUGUAACAAUCAAAUGUUCACGAUGCUAUACCUGUAUGUGUAAUCGUCGUCCGUGUUUACAACAUGUCGGUAUGCUGAUACACGCAUGCACUUGUAAUGCACGAGUCUUUGUACAGUUCACAAGCGCGCCGUCACAGCAUUGUCUUGCCAUUAUAUUUUACACUAAGGACUUACAAAGUAGAUGUAAUGUUAUUGUACGUGCCCUCACAUGUUGAACUUGUAUGCUAACAGUAGAUUACUUGAAACAUUUACCUGGGUACGUAGCAAGCUCCAAUAUAUUACUCAUUUACAGUUCUUUCAGCUUUUUGUGUACCUCAUUUUUAUCGUGGUAUACAGAUUUUAAGCCCCCUCAGCUUUAAUUAUGAGAAGCAUUAUUAUGUUAUAGUAUACAUGUAUUCAGAUUUGUUUAUUGUAAGAUAUUUUAACUCUUACUAGCACUACUGCAGUAUUUUUUUCUUGCACUUUUUGCAUAGAUUUUGUCCUGAUGGACAGACCAAGUACAAUCAAGUGAUUUUAAUCACUGUUAGAGCAUUUUUCUUUGUUUCCCAGACUUCAACUGAUUUUAAUAACAGAAAUCCAUGUUUUUAUUUUUUUUUUUCUCUUUGCUGAAAUCGAGUUGAACGUUCCCACCAAACAGUUCGAAGUAUUUUUGUAGUAAUUAGUUUGUUGGUAUGUAAUUUUUAAUCCAGGUUUUAAUUAGUUGAUGUUUUCAUGAAACGAUGAUUUUGGACAAUGAGUGGAUCUUUAUUUUUGAUGGUUAAAAAAUGAGUCACCAUAACAAAUGUUUUAGUAAUGGGCACUUACAUUAUAUUGUGUAGUUAGUGCAGAUAAUGUCUAGUAUUUUUAUAUUAUUGUUGUAUUAUCCAUUGCCUCUGUUCAUCCAUAUCAUUUCAAUAUUUGACUUCUGAUGUUACAAGUAUGUAAGGGAAAAAAGAACAAGUGUAGAAUUUUGAUUUCCAUGGUAACCAUUACGGUUGCUGUGGUUACGGUGAGGAAGAGUAGGGGGUGUGGUCAUCCAGCAAUAAGGUACCAAGUCGUGUUUGCAACCAGGUUGUGACAGAUCAACAUGAGCAGUGAAUCUGCACACUUUGUGAUUUGAAUUGUAAACUGCAGAAAGCCAAUCAAAUCCUGCGUUGCCACCUCCCUCCCCCUCCGACAUCCCAUCGCCAGUUUAAUUGAAUUCAACUAAUCGCUACCAAAGGCCUUCUAAAUGCUAUAGCUUUUUCAAUUUUUUUUUUACCUCUGUGAUGAACUAUCCACCCUUAUGUAACUACCCCACCCCUUAACAAACAAGCAAAGCUGUACAGGAGAUAAUUGUUAGGUUGGUUCUUUGAUUUUGGAACAGCAGGAAGGGCCCACGGUGGAGAGAAGAAUUUAACCAGGUGUCAUGAGAUUGGCUUCCUGCAGUAUCUUAUUUCACAGCCUGCUGAUAUAGAAUGUUCAAAGUUGAGAAGUCACAUGAGGACUGGAAAAGUCUCUGUAUGAUUUUAGAGUACAGCCUGCGAUAGUGUGGCUUCACAACUUGUGUCCUUUCAUACCAGAUUUGAACUUGGCAGGAAUGGUUGCUGUCUUGGAUAUUGUCAAAACACAGUCGUUAACAUCACACACACUUGCAACCUGUUUUUAAGGUGUAGAAUAUGGUUUUCUCAACUGCAUUUGAAUUUUCAGAUGUUGUUGAAUAUAAAAUUUAAAACUUGAGAGAAAAGACUACAGGUCUUUGCCAUUUGAGAUUCUAUGUGACUCCUGCAUGAUGGUAUACGGUAUUGGAAAUAAUCCCCCACCCCUGCCUCUCUCCUCACCCCCACCCCCAUCAUUUAGAGAUGAGCUCAAGAUCAAUAGAAACUAUUAUUGUCUUAGUGGAUUGAUACGGGUUUACAAUUGCUUCAAUAUCUCCUCUAUAAGAAAGUGGAUUGACAACACUGUGCUUCAGGUAAUUUAGUUUUGGUACUCAAACUGAGGCGACAGGUGGAUAAGAAAUCCUCAGAACAUAUUGCUCAGUUCAGAUAUUGCAAAUGUGAUUGUGAUUGGUUGUGAAAUGAGCAGACCACCCAAUCACAAUCAAUAUAUCACAUCUACCACAUUCUAGCUCAAUUUGAAUCCACAUCAGAAGAUCAUCUUGUAUUUAUUUAUUUAUUUACUUUUAUUUAUUUAUUUAUUCAGAUUCAGCUUUUUUUCCAAUCAUAAGAAUAGUUUUAAACAUAAAUAGUGUUUAAAUCUUUGCUACAUCUUUAUUGUCAUUAUUGUGAAUAAGUUUGAUGCAAAGGCAUCGUUAUAUGGCAUUCUGAAUAUUGUAGUUGGUUCUUAGUUUCUAUGUUCAGACAUAUUAUGUCUGGGCAUACAUCACAGAAAUCUAGUACUGAAAAGAUCUGCAUUUUGUUUGAAAUGAAUGUUAACAAUGGUAGGUAUACAUCUUGAAGAUCUUCAUAGUCACAUGUUUUUGUUUACUUUUACCCAUCUAAACAAUGCAGUUGACAAUUUUCUGCACUGUCAGACACUUGUUCAAGUUCCAUAUUAACAAAUUAAAUGUCAUUUUGGCAUUUAUGACCAUAUUGACCAAUGAUGUCACCUGUUUUCCAGCAAUUUGAUGUGUAUUUUUACUUUAGGUCAAGUUUAUACUUUUUGUUUGGUUACAAGUACCCAUACCAUGAUAACUGAAAUGGAAUCGUAUCAUAUAAUUCAUUUUGUCUGUACAUGCCAGCAUUGCUGUAUAGUGACUUCUUUGCUGAAACCUAUUGCCAAAUAGGUACUUAAUGUUAAACACAUAAAAUAUUGAACAAAUACCAAACAUCUUAUAAGAAUGUUAAAUUAAAGAAAACAGUUUGGAAGCCAAGAUUUUAUCUUCAAUCCUGUGUUUUGUAAAGACUGAAAUAAUUUUUGAUGGCUCUUUGUAGAAAGUAUACAGCUACUGUGCAAGUGAGAGCAAUCCCUAGGUUUGGAAGAAUAUUUUAGCAUUUCAGUUAUUUAUUUAUUUACUUAGUUACUUGUUCAUUGGUUUCCGAGCAGACAAUACACCUUGUCUAUAAGUGGAUAACUAUUUUGUUAGCAGGAAUUAAUUUUACUUACUCACUCAAGAAUAACAAUGCAUUUAGAAAUUAUCAGUUAGUUUCAUGAUUUUCAAGUAAUCACCAUGCAGCUUAUAUUAUUUCACAACUAAUUAUUUUUCUUGAUCCAUGAUUAAUUUAAAUGAAAUUGUUUACGGAUAAUCAGUUAAGUGAUAUACCUCAAGAUGAAUUUGUAAUGUUUUGUGAUGUAAAUUUAUUGUUUAGUCUCUGCUGUGUAAUCAAUAAAGUAACAGCUAGCUAUUAUGUAGCUAUUGUAA